UCAAAAAUUAAAAAAUUAAAAAUUAAAAUGACAAAUAAAAGCGUAAAGGUCAAUUAAAAAACAAGCAAUUCUUUAUAAACAAGCAACAUGAGUUGGUGUCGCUGAUUAACCACAUCACCCAAGCAUCAAAUGAGUUACGCAUAAUUUUAUUCAAUUGAGAUUCAUAAAUCCUGACACUGUAUUACUGCGUUUUUCAUCGUUGAUGGUUCCAUUCAUAUUUUAGGCUUCAUCACAACAUCAAGUAUCUUUUUAAUUAAAUAUAUCAAUGUAAUAUGAAAGCUAGAGUACAUAUAAUGUAUUGCUGGCUUGUUUGUAUGAUAUUUAUUAUUGGAAUGCUAUAUCCAAUUGUGGAAACAGCUAAGGGUGGUCAUAGAGGACAUGGCCUUGCACGUACACGUGUUAACACAUGGACAUUACCAAUUAAAUUAUCAAAUAAUAAUCCAUUGAGUACUGAUUAUUAUGGACACAAAGAUGGUGCUAGAAUAGUUAAAUCAUCACAUUUCGAAUUGGACUAUAUGCUUGGUAGAAAAAUUACAUUUUUUUGUAUGGCAACUGGUUUUCCAAGGCCAGAAGUAACAUGGUUCAAAGAUGGCAUUGAAUUAUAUCAUCAUAAAUUUUUUCAGGUGCAUGAAUGGCCAAUUGGAAAUGACACAAUGAAAUCAAAAAUGGAAAUUGAUCCUGCAACGCAAAAAGAUGCUGGUUAUUAUGAAUGUCAAGCUGAUAAUCAAUAUUCAGUUGAUCGUCGAGGUUUUCGUACUGAUUAUGUCAUGAUUUCCUACUAAAUUUAUAUAGAAUAAUUAAAAAACAAUUGUUUCAAGUACAAUAAUAUAGCAGAAUAAAAAUAUAAUGAUAUUUUAAACAAACUAUCAGCUGUGAAAAAAAUUCUAGUCUUGGAAAAAUGGCUUUAAAUAAAUUUCAAUGAAAAAGAAAUUAAAAAAAUUAUUAUUUAAUUAAUCAAAAUUGUAGUAUCAUUAUUUUUUAAUUAUAAAUUAAAUAUAAAAAUGUAAAUUAUUAUUUUUAAAUUAUUUAAAUAAAAAAGCAAAAAACAAUUAAAAAAAA